UAUGCGAUUUGUACCGUAUACAUCAAACACAUUUGCUGUAAUCGAAAUCGAGCACGUGCCUGUGCACGAAGAAUUUUUGUAUUUACGUUUCUGUUAAAAAAUUACAGAUUUACAUCAUGGCUGCGACAAUGCCAAUAAAUCCCAAGCCAUUCCUAAAUGGUUUGACAGGGAAACCAGUCAUGGUGAAAUUAAAAUGGGGCCACGAAUAUAAAGGUUACCUCGUCUCCGUUGAUGGAUAUAUGAACUUGCAGCUUGCAAACACUGAAGAACAUAUAGAGGGCAAUUGUACUGGAAAUCUUGGAGAAGUACUAAUCAGGUGUAACAAUGUUAUGUAUAUAAGAGGAGUAGAAGAAUCAGAUGAAGAGGGCGAGAUGAAGGAUUAAAACGACAAAAAUCUAAUACUUUAAUUUUUAUUAUAAUCCCUUGUAUUA